CCCCGCCCCCGCCCCUCUACCCCCUGCUACAAUGUCUUCCGGGUCGCGGGUGCCUCGAAGCCUUCUGGGAAAACAUCUCAUUUCCUCCCCUCCCCCUCCUCUUGCCUUCAACCAACCAGCCUCCCGUCAGAGCGGGACAUGCGCAGUGAGUGCCUCCCGUCUCUUCUACCCGAGCCCCCCUCCCCCCCUAGCAGAGAGACCCCAGCAGCAGCAGCAGCUGAUGAUGAAGAGAGAGGCAGUGGCAGAGGGGGGGCACCUUUUAUUUCUAUUUUUAAAGGGACAGGACACUAAUUUUACCCCACAUCAACCUUGAAUUGAGGGGGGUGGGGGGAAGGCGGCUGAGUUCCUUCCCCCACCCUCCAGUUCGGAGCCCUGAGAGGGGGAUUGAGCCUGAGAGAGGAGAAGGAGUUUCUUCUUCUUCGAAAACCCCCAUCCACGACUCCUACCCCCUCACCCCUCCACUCGCCUCCUUCCCGAGCCCCCUCCACCCUUCUCUUUGCCCGAGAGAGGAGGGGAGAAAGAGACCAAAAGCCUCUUAGCAACACAGACCCUUUGCUGCUGCUGCUGCUGUUGCUACUGCUGCUGCUGUUGCUGCUGCUGCUGCUACUGCUGCUGCUGUUGCUACUGCUGCUUGGCCCUGGCUGGAGACAUCUCACUACACCCAGGAGCAGCCACUUCCCCAGCUCUCCUCCUCCUCCUUCGCAUCCUCCUUCUCCACUCCCCCCCUUUAUUACCCUUUGUGUCAUCCUCCACAGCUCCAGGGAAGGCACUCAAAAGUGGGGGGCAGGAAAGAUGAAUAUUGGUGAUUUCCAUUACUGCAUUUAUGAAAUAGAUACUGAAGGCUUUGUGGUUUACAGACAAGAUCUUUAGAAGUUACAUCCUCAAGAGAGAAGAGAUACAUGCUUCCUGAGACUCAGAAAAGCAUAGAGUGUCUGGAGACUUGCUGUUUCUCCCUCUCUGCGAGACCUCACCACACUUGUGAUGUUUCCAUCAGCUUCUCUCCACAAGACUGCAUGAACUGUAAAGUAUGAGCAAGAUCAGCCAUUAGAAGAACUAGAAGGAGCAGUGCAGGACGAGAGAGCUGCAGAAACUCCAAGACAAAAAAUUGGAAACCCCAAUGCCUACAGAGGCCGGACUGAUGGGAAUGAAGCAGGAAGCCACUGCAGUGAAUUGGAAAGCCAAGUCCUUUCUGGAGGAGCAGCCACUGCUCUGUUUCAGAUAAUUAUUGCAAGGCAAGAAUGUUGGCCUAGUGUUACCACAUUGUCGAGUUUCUCAGGCAUUAUUGGAAUUUUGAAGUCAUGAAAACAUCAGCUCAAUCAACCUGCAACACCUUGGAUUCAGAUUCGAAGAUCAAUAGAAAGUUUAAAGAAAGUGGCCUAUGAAUGUGGUAGUACCUGGACACAUUAAGUGACUCACACUAAAAAUGAGACCAGGUUUGAAACAGAGGUUAUUUUAGUCCAGCAUCAAGGUUCAAGACAAAAUUGACAACUAAAAACUUUAUGCUCCUCCCUCCCCCACUCCAGACAGGUACCAGAAUUGGUGAAGUAUGAUUUUCCUUAGUUGGAAGCACUCAUUUUUACUCAAGUAGAUCAUGGCUAGGAAUUAAACAUUGGUUAUUUAAUGUAGAUUAUAAUGGGAAACUGAUCCUUUCACAAUGGCAGAUUUCAAGGACUUGGUUCCAUACUGAGCCAAAAAGCUUCCCAAUGCAUUUUGUACAGGCUGGAAAAAACUGUGCUGCAUUGGCCCCUUUUUGAAGGCCAUCAUGCUGUGUAACAUAAGGAUAUCAUCUUAGUGUUGAUAUCUUUGGAGAGUCCCAAGCAGACACAGAAAAUGAAUGGAGGCAAAGAGUGUGACGGAGGGGACAAGGAAGGAGGUCUUCCAGCUAUCCAAGUUCCUGUGGGUUGGCAGCGUCGUGUGGAUCAAAAUGGAGUGCUUUAUGUCAGUCCCAGUGGGUCUUUGUUAUCUUGCUUGGAGCAGGUUAAAACGUACCUGCUUACUGAUGGAACGUGCAAGUGUGGCUUAGAGUGUCCUCUUAUUCUUCCCAAGGUGUUUAAUUUUGAUCCUGGAGCUGCUGUGAAGCAGAGAACUGCAGAAGAUGUUAAGGCAGAUGAAGAUGUCACAAAAUUAUGCAUACAUAAGAGAAAGAUCAUUGCAGUGGCCACACUUCAUAAAAGCAUGGAAGCCCCGCAUCCUUCUCUGGUGCUCACCAGUCCCGGAGGAGGAACAAAUGCUACUCCAGUAGUACCUUCAAGGGCAGCAACUCCAAGAUCAGUAAGAAACAAGUCUCAUGAAGGAAUUACAAAUUCUGUAAUGCCUGAAUGUAAAAAUCCUUUCAAGUUAAUGAUUGGGUCAUCAAAUGCGAUGGGAAGGCUCUAUGUACAAGACCUGCCUGGAAGCCAGCAACAAGAGCUCCACCCUGUCUACCCCCGGCAGAGAUUGGGCAGCAGUGAACAUGGACAGAAAUCUCCAUUCCGUGGCAGCCAUGGAGGCCUGCCUAGCCCCGCGUCAUCAGGUUCCCAAAUCUAUGGAGAUGGCUCAAUCUCUCCAAGGACUGACCCACUUGGAAGCCCUGAUGUUUUCACAAGAAAUAAUCCUGGUUUUCAUGGAGCUCCCAAUUCCAGUCCUAUUCACUUGAAUAGGACUCCUCUUUCUCCACCUUCAGUAAUGCUACAUGGUUCUCCUGUACAGUCAUCCUGUGCAAUGGCUGGAAGGACUAAUAUACCUCUUUCCCCAACCUUGACUACAAAGAGUCCAGUAAUGAAAAAACCAAUGUGUAAUUUUUCAACUAAUAUGGAAAUACCACGCGCAAUGUUCCACCACAAACCACCCCAAGGCCCACCUCCCCCUCCUCCACCUUCUUGUGCUCUUCAAAAAAAGCCAUUAACAUCUGAGAAAGAUCCACUUGGCAUUCUUGACCCUAUUCCUAGUAAACCAGUGAAUCAGAACCCUGUUAUCAUUAAUCCAACCAGUUUCCAUUCAAAUGUCCACUCUCAGGUACCUGUGAUGAAUGUAAGCAUGCCUCCUGCUGUUGUUCCUUUGCCAAGUAAUCUCCCUUUGCCAACCAUAAAACCUGGUCACAUGAAUCAUGGGAGUCAUGUACAAAGAGUUCAGCAUUCAGCUUCAACCUCCCUGUCCCCUUCUCCAGUGACAUCCCCAGUGCACAUGAUGGGGACUGGAAUUGGAAGGAUUGAGGCAUCGCCCCAAAGAUCACGCUCAUCUUCCACAUCAUCAGAUCACGGAAAUUUCAUGAUGCCACCUGUAGGACCUCAGGCCACUUGCAGUGGUAUAAAGGUUCCACCCCGGUCACCAAGGUCAACGAUAGGGUCCCCAAGGCCAUCAAUGCCAUCAAGCCCUUCUACCAAGUCCGAUGGACAUCAUCAGUACAAGGAUAUCCCUAACCCAUUAAUUGCUGGAAUGAGUAAUGUACUAAAUACUCCAUGCAGUGCAGCCUUCCCUACUGCAUCUGCCGGAAGUGGUUCUGUAAAGAGUCAGCCUGGUUUGCUGGGAAUGCCUUUAAAUCAGAUCUUGAACCAGCACAAUGCUGCCUCCUUUCCAGCAAGUAGUUUACUCUCAGCAGCAGCCAAAGCACAGCUAGCAAAUCAAAACAAACUUGCUGGUAACAACAGUAGCAGCAGUAGCAGUUCUGGAGCUGUUGCCGGUAGCAGCGGCAACACAGAAGGACAUAGCACUUUAAACACCAUGUUCCCUCCUACUGCCAACAUGCUUCUCCCAACAGCUGAAGGGCAAAGUGGUCGAGCAGCACUAAGAGAUAAGCUGAUGUCUCAGCAAAAAGACUCAUUGCGGAAAAGAAAACAGCCACCUACAACAGUGUUGAGUUUGCUCAGACAGUCUCAAAUGGAUAACUCCGCAGUUCCUAAGCCCGGACCUGAUGUGCUAAGGAAGCAGGGUCAGGGUUCAUUUCCCAUCAGUUCAAUGUCUCAGUUACUACAGUCUAUGAGUUGUCAAAGCUCUCACUUGAGUAGCAAUAGUACCCCAGGUUGUGGGGGCUCAAAUACUGCUUUGCCUUGCUCUGCUAACCAGCUGCAUUUUACAGAUCCCAGUAUGAACUCCAGUGUUCUUCAGAAUUCACUGACACAGAACGUACCUUUAAGAGGGGAAGCGGUGCACUGCCACAAUGCAAACACUAACUUUGCUCAUAGUAACAAUCCAGUCCCCAACCACCAUCUUGCAGGUUUAAUAAAUCAGAUUCAGGCUAGCGGGAACUGUGGGAUGCUCAGUCAGUCGGGCAUGGCUUUAGGAAAUUCAUUACAUCCCAAUCCACCUCAGUCAAGAAUUUCAACGUCGUCCACUCCAGUGAUACCAAACAGCAUUGUUAGCAGCUAUAAUCAAACAAGUUCUGAAGCAGGAAGUUCUGGCCCAUCGUCCUCUAUAGCCAUAGCAGGCACCAACCAUCCUGCCAUUACAAAGACAACAUCUGUUCUCCAAGAUGGAGUCAUAGUCACCACUGCAACUGGCAACCCACUGCAGAAUCAGCUGCCUCUUGGGAGUGAUUUUCCUUUUGUUGGCCAGGAGCACCCACUUCAUUUUCCACCCAACAGCACUUCAAACAACCAUCUUCCACACCCCUUGAACCCCAGCCUCCUCAGUUCUCUACCUAUCUCUUUGCCAGUGAAUCAACAGCAUCUCCUAAACCAGAAUCUAUUAAAUAUCCUCCAGCCUUCAGCAGGAGAAGGCAAGUCUGAGAUCAACCUCCACCCUUUAGGUUUUCUCAACCCGAAUGUAAACGCUGCUUUAGCUUUUCUCUCCGGUGACAUGGAUGGGCAGGUAUUACAGCCUGUUCACUUUCAACUUUUAGCAGCCCUGCUUCAGAACCAAGCCCAAGCAGCUGCCAUGCUUCCCCUACCAUCUUUCAAUCUGACCAUCUCAGAUUUUUUGCAACAACAAAAUACCCCAUUACCCUCAUUAACACAGAUGACAGCCCCACCAGACCAUUUGCCAAGCAAUCAGUCAGACAACAGCAGAGCUGAGACCCUUUUAACCAACCCCCUGGGGAAUCCUUUACCAAGCUUUACAAGCAGUGACACUACUUUUAAUCCCCUGUUCCUCCCAGCUGUCACUGGGGCCUCAGGAUUAAUGGCCUUGAAUCCCCAGCUGUUGGGUGGUGUCCUGAACUCGGCAUCGGCCAACACCGCUAAUCAUCCAGAGGUUUCCAUAGCAACCUCCUCCCAGGCAACCACUACCACAACCACUACAUCAGCAGCAGUGGCAGCACUGACUGUCUCAACACUUGGUGGGACAGCAGUGGUGUCAAUGGCAGAAACAUUGCUGAAUAUAUCUAAUAAUGCUGGGAAUCCACCUGGUCCAGCUAAACUCAACAGUAACUCUGUGGUGCCACAGCUACUUAACCCUCUACUGGGGACAAGUCUGCUUGGUGAUAUGUCAUCAAUAAACAAUACUUUGAAUAACCAUCAGCUGAGUCAUCUACAGUCGCUGUUAAACAACAACCCGAUGUUUCCUCCAAGUCAGCAACAGCAACAACUUCUCCAGGGCUACCAGAGUCUCCAGGCCUUCCAAGGACAGCCCACAAUCCCCUGCCCAGCUAACAACAAUCCCAUGGCUUGUCUGUUUCAGAACUUUCAGGUGAGAAUGCAAGAAGAUACAGCUCUCCUAAACAAAAGAAUAAGCACUCAGCCGGGGCUGACAUCAAUUCCUGAGAAUCCACAUACUACACUCCCACCUUUCCAAGAUACUCCUUGUGAGUUGCAGUCAAGGAUUGACCCAUCUCUCAGUCAGCAGGUGAAGGAUGGCCAAAAUGAUGCCUCUGUAGAUGCCAUUUACAAAGCCGUUGUCGAUGCAGCCAGCAAAGGGAUGCAGGUUGUCAUCACCACCGCAGUCAACAGUACAACUCAGAUCAGCCCUAUUCCAGCCCUGAGUGCCAUGAGUGCCUUCACUGCCUCGAUUGGUGAUCCAUUAAAUCUCUCCAGUGCUGUCAGUGCGGUCAUUCAUGGACGGAAUGGGGGGGGUGUUGAUCACGAUGGCAGGCUGAGAAGCCCCAGAGGGGCUCGCCUGCCCAGGAAUGUAGACCAUGGUAAAAACUCAAACGAAGGAGAUGGGUUUGGGUUUGAGUAUUUCAAGUCAGCAAAUUGCCACACAUCCAAAAAGCAGUGGGAUGGGGAGCAAAGGCCCAGAGGGGAGAGAAACAGGUGGAAGUAUGAGGAAUUCUUAGAUCAUCCAGGCCAUAUCCACAGCAGUUCUUGUCACGAAAGGCCCAACAAUGUCUCUACACUGCCAUUUCUGCCUGGGGAACAGCAUCCAAUACUGUUACCACCAAGAAACUGUCAAGGAGAUAAAAUUCUGGAGGAAACUUUCAGGUAUAAUAACUACAAAAGAACUAUGAUGAGUUUUAAGGAGAGACUAGAGAACACUGUGGAACGAUGUGCACACAUUAAUGGAAACAGACCUCGACCUAGUCGGGGUUUUGGGGAGCUGCUGAGCACUGCAAAGCAAGACCUCGUCCUAGAGGAGCAGUCUCCAAGUUCUUCAAAUAGUUUGGAGAGUUCUCUGGUCAAAGACUACAUCCAUUACAAUGGAGACUUUAAUGCCAAAAGCAUGAAUGGGUGUGUGCCUAGCCCAUCGGAUGCUAAAAGCAUUAGUAGUGAAGAUGACCUAAGGAAUCCAGACUCCCCCUCUUCAAAUGAGUUGAUACAUUAUAGGCCAAGGACGUUCAACGUUGGCGACUUGGUCUGGGGCCAAUUCAAAGGACUGACUUCCUGGCCUGGAAAAUUAGUAAGAGAAGACGACGUUCACAGUUCAUGUCAACAAAGCCCCGAGGAAGGGAAGGUGGAGCCCGAGAAGUUGAAGACACUAACAGAAGGUUUGGAAGCCUACAGCCGAGCCCGGAAAAGGAACAGAAAAAGUGGAAAGCUAAAUAACCAUUUAGAAGCUGCUAUUCAUGAGGCCAUGAGUGAACUGGACAAAAUGUCUGGGACUGUUCACCAAAUCCCACAGGGAGACAGACAAAUGAGACCCCCCAAGCCCAAAAGGAGGAAGAUCUCCAGAUAACAGAGAAUAUUCCACUAAUACACAGUGUUUAAGAAAGGAACGUGCACAGCUAUUUCUGUAUAUAGGUAUUGAUAUAGCCACUGUUAUAUCAAUAUUUAAAUUAUGACAGAUAGCUAUCACCACCACAGGGUGCUAAAAGAAAGAGUGAUACCAAGUUUUGUUUUUAUCAGAAAGAAUACUGAAAUGUUGGAAAAACCUAUUGAAAUCCCUGUAUGAUGAGAGUGGUCAAUGGUCAAGAGAGUACCAAGAAACUCCUUUUCUAUAAUACUAAAAUUGUGAUUAUAAGAAAGUCCAAAUGUUUCUGAAGAAUUUUCAGUGUUGUAUAUAUAAAAUGCAGAAUUUCAUGGUGAUAUCAGAAAUGUAAAUAGUGUACAAUAUUGUCAUGUACAAGCGUACCUAAUGCACACUUUAUCUUUUAUUGUACAAAGAAAUAGUGUACAAAAUUCUUUGGUUUCUAUGGAGUACACCGACCAGAGACUACCAGUGUAAAGUGAUAAAUAAAAAUACAACCUAAAUGCUUUUCUAUGAUAAUGUAAAAGAUGCUGUUUUUGUAUUUGACAGCAGAGAAAAGGCAUGAUGAUGUAAUAUCUGAAUCAUGACACACUGCACACCACCAAGUGUCCAUUUCUAUUGUCUAUUUGGAAUCUUGCCUGGGAUCACUGAGCUCAAAUGUGGAUGUCUGGACCUGCACUCUUGCAGACUUUUAAUGGGAUUAGGGUUCACAGGUCUAAAUUAAGAAUUCAGAAACUGCAACCAUUUGUUGCAUAUUUUUUUUACCUAAGUUUUAAAAUAGAAUAGGUUUUAUACAAAAACUUAGAUGGAAUAUUUUACUCAACCAUUUCUGUAGUUAAUAUUUGAUAGCCACCUGUUGAAUUAGAUAGCUUAACACUAUCGAUGCUAAGAAUUAAGGGGGGGUUGUUUUGUUUUGUUUUUGUUUAUUUUGCAAACAGUAUCUGACAAAGUAACUUUCUGUUUCCACAUGGAGGGAGGCAAAAGUUCCACUUUGCAAUAAUUAACAGAUGUGAGAGUGAAGAUAGUUUAGGGUUUUUCUUAAAAAGAAUAAAAAUUAUUACAGGCAAAAAUAAAUCUAGGUCAUCAAAGCAGAAAAAAGAAAAGGAAAACCCAUUUUAUAUCCAUUCAUCAGUAUUAUUUAACACAGAAGUUAAGGUGGCUUACAAAAUUACUAGCAAUGGUAAUUUUUUAUCAGUAUUAUGUAACAUAUCAGAUUUAUUUUAUUUAAAGAAUUAUUUAUACCAUUAACAGAUUCUUAUAUAUAUGAAUGUGGCUGAAAUGUGCAGGUUAAAUCUAUUAACCAAAUUAUUUAUAUUAUAUUAAGUAAGAAAAAAUGUGAAACAAAUGUAGAGAGAAAAUACUACAUUACAAAUAUACAAACCUAAAACUGUGAGCCAUUGUAAAGUACAAGGUAAUCAAUAAGAAAUGUAGCACAACAUAAUUUUCUCUUUUUUUGACAAUUCUUAAGGUGGUGGUAGGCCCUAUCUGCCAGACAGUUUAGAGAAGUUUCAGGCCACUUCAGUUAAUGAUUGUCAAAAGAAGGGAACCAAUACCCCUUUCCUUAGAACCAGCCCUACCCUCAAACUUCAUACUUAGAACACUGCCUGUCCUCCAGCCCUGGGCUGACUCCAGCUCAGAACUCAGCUGUUGGAGGCUUUACUGUAACAAGCUUGGGAUCCCCAGAUGCCACCCCACCCCCCACUUCCCUUUUCCCAUUCAGCCCCACACGUCUUCAUCCCAUCAUGUAGCAGAGUUCCAGUAACUCAGGAAAAAGGAGACCAAGGUCAUUCCUCAAGAGCACACCACCCAGGCUCACUUUUGAUAGCAACUGUUCUUAGCUCUUCCUCUAGGUCUCCUGUAUCUCUCUGCCCCUUCUGCUCCCAUCUUUACCCUUACCCUCAAGCCUGAUGGAAUGCAACUGGAUGCACAGGCUUUAUGCCUUGAAAGUCCCAGGAGAUUCCUUCAGGGGGUAGGUUUAUUGCUUUUUGUGCAUUGGUGGGAUUGCCUGACUAGCCCUUCAUGGAGUCACAUGAAGUAAUGUUUUGUCUAGUUUAGUUGGCACAUUUUUGUUAUAAGUUGAUAUGUUGGUUAUGUUUAAGCCAUUAAUGUUCUUUUUUUUUUCACCAACCUGCUUUUCAGUUGUAUUUGUUCACAGAUAAACUCAUGUGUGUUUGUGUGUUGGGUGUGUGUGUGUGUGUGUAUGUGUGUGCGUGUGUGUUAUGUGUUGAUAUAACAGUUUUAGCCUUUGCCAUUCUGUCUUCAGAAUGAGUUUGUGUCAACCAAAUCUUCUUUUGGGUAUUUUGAGCAGAUUCAGUUUGUGCUUCCUCACCACAUCAGUAGAGCAUGUGAAAUGUGUGCCCAUGAUUCCAUGGGUUGCUUAUGGCUUGCUGUGGGUGGUAGGCGUAGUUGUCUCAGUCUACAUGAGGUUUUCUCGACUCUCUUACAGUUAUAUGAUUUCAUGUAAGCAGUGAAUGUAAAUAUUGUUAGCAUUUUAGGUCAUGCAGUGCUGUAACAUUUUUCUUUAAAUGUUGCACCUACGUUACAAUUAAAAGAAAAAUGGUCACUCAUACUUUAA